GGCUUUGACUGUUUAUAACACUGUAUAAAAAGAUAAAAUUGAGACAAUUAUUUGAUCAUCAAUUAUUUUUUCUUAAACUGUUUUUUUUUUUUGUUUUGUUUACAGGAAAGGAGAGAUGUUAUUGCCCUGAAGACAUGAUUCCUGAAAAAGGCAGUUAUCAACAGAUUAGAUAAAGGGUCAAGCUUGCUGUGAGACUUUAAUUUUGUGUUUAAAAUUUUCAUGUUAAUUCUUUUCACUGCAUUUACCCUAUAGUUUGUAGGGAAUAAUGAGCCUCUGCAGAUGGCGCCAAAUACUCGAACGGACAUUCUAUGCGAACACGGCCCUAUGAAGCCCACCCACCUCCACGCCCACCCGCACUACACGCGCUGCAGCUCUCACAGUACCCCGCGGACACGGACACUACAGCCUGGGUGUAUUUGUAAUGAAUACACGGUUUAUGAGAGUUUUGUUGUCGUUAUUUCGGCGGUGAUGGUCUCGUGUGAGAUGACUCGGACACUUCCGCUGCUGCUGCUCGUCUUCUGCUGUCUGUCUGUCCGCUGUCAUGUAAAUCAGUCCGAUCAGCAUCACAAAAGAGCUUUUCCCGUCAUAUCGAUUCAUUAUGAGGCGGUUCGGACGCCGUUUGAGGUCGCGCUCUGGAUCCUGCUCGCGUCACUCAUGAAACUCGGUUUCCAUCUGAUCCCACGUCUGUCCAACGUGGUUCCUGAGAGCUGUCUGUUGAUCGCUGUGGGUUUACUGCUGGGCGGUUUGAUCCGUGUGAUGGGUGAAAAUCCCCCCGUGCUCGAUUCCCAGCUGUUCUUCUUGUGUCUCCUCCCUCCCAUCAUCCUGGACGCCGGCUAUUUCCUGCCGAUCCGACCUUUUACAGAGAACGCCGGCACCAUCCUGACGUUCGCGGUGGUGGGAACGUUGUGGAACUCGUUUUUCGUGGGGGCGGGGCUGUACGGAGUGUGUCGUCUGGAGGGCGGCCGUCUGGCUACGGUGGACCUGUUGUCCUGCCUGCUGUUUGGAUCAAUAGUGUCGGCCGUGGAUCCGGUGGCCGUGCUCGCUGUCUUUGAGGAGAUCCACAUCAAUGAACUGCUGCACAUCCUGGUGUUCGGAGAAUCGCUGCUCAACGAUGCCGUCACGGUGGUGCUGUAUCAUUUGUUUGAGGAGUUUGCUCACGUGGGCGAGGUGACCCCGGGCGACGUCUUUCUGGGCGUUCUGUGUUUCUUUGUGGUGGCUCUGGGGGGCGUGAUGGUGGGCGCGGUGUACGGCGUGCUGGCCGCUUUUACCUCGAGGUUUACCACGCAUACGCGCGUGAUCGAGCCCCUCUUCGUGUUUCUGUACAGCUACAUGGCGUAUCUGUCUGCUGAAGUCUUCCACCUGUCCGGUAUCAUGGCGCUCAUCGCGUGUGGUGUGGUGAUGCGACCGUACGUCGAAGCCAACAUUUCCCACAAGUCUUACACCACCAUCAAAUAUUUCCUGAAGAUGUGGAGUAGCGUGAGCGAGACGCUGAUCUUCAUCUUUUUAGGCGUGUCCACAGUGGCCGGACCCCACGUUUGGAACUGGACAUUUGUCACCAUCACACUCAUCCUGUGUCUGGUGUCCAGAGUUCUGGGUGUAGUCGGUUUAACGUACAUCAUAAAUAAGUAUCGUAUGGUGAAGCUGAGCGGUAAAGAUCAGUUCAUCGUGGCAUAUGGAGGUUUGAGGGGAGCCAUCGCCUUUUCUCUGGUCUUCCUGCUGUCCGGCGAUGACUUUGCAAUGAAGAACAUGUUUCUAACAGCCAUCAUCACCAUCAUCUUCUUCACGGUUUUUGUGCAGGGGAUGACCAUCCGGCCUCUCGUUGAUCUCCUGGCUGUGAAGAAGAAGAAACAGAGCAAAUCUUCAAUAAAUGAGGAGAUUCACACACAGUUUUUGGAGCAUUUGUUGGCUGGAAUAGAAGGCGUGUGUGGGCACUACGGAAACCGUCAUUGGACCGUUCUUCAGAUGAAUCGUUUUAAUAAGCGCUACGUGAAGCGUUGGCUGAUUGGUGGAGAACGCUCGCAGGAACCUCAGCUCAUCUCCUUCUAUAAUAAGAUGGAGCUCAAACAAGCCAUGAUGCUGCUAGAGCGCAACAGUUCAGCCAGUCUGAACACUGCAGGACGCACAACCACCACACUACAGCAGAGCAGCAGAAGAACUCUAAACAUUUCUAAAGAGCGAGAAGAAGAGAUCAGAAAGAUUCUCAGAGCCAACCUGCAGAAGACCCGGCAGAGAUUACGCUCAUACAGCAGACACACACUGAUGCUGGAUCCUGCAGAAGAUGACUGGAGUGAGACACAUCUCAGAAAACAGCGUGUGGAAAUCCAGAGACGUAUGAGUCUGUUUCUGACUGUUCCUGCUCAUCGUCAGGAUUCUCCACCAAUAAGACGAGCUCGCUUUGAAUCAGAUAACCAAGAGCACAUGACCAGGCCGAGUAUUCUGCUGAACGUUCCUUCAGUUUCAUCCGUCCUUCAAGACUCAGUCACAAUAGACAAUGAAAGCGAGAAACGUGAUGAGUCCAGACGGAGAAGACACGGAGGAGACGAGAAACAGGAGGGUGAGCGAGGAAUCAGGGGAAGGAAGCCGAGUGUUACGUUUGCUUUAGAUUUGGAAGAACAGAAACUUUCUCGCUGUCUGAGAGAUCUGGGUCCAGACCAACUGAACGAAGACGACGAGGAGCCGUUUUUAUCACAGUGACCGCCUCACAGUGUUUGUUUCAUGUGUGUUUAAUAAAGUUGAUUGUGAAACUCGA